UGAGACGGAGAGUGAAGAUACGGAGGACAAGUCUGAAAAUGGCCUGGAUGACUUUCCACCGAGUCCAGCGGGAGAAAGAGGCGCUUGGUCCCUGGUGUGCGAUACGGAGGAGCAGUGGAUGGAGCUGGCAGAAAGCCUGAAGGACAAAACGUCCCCGCAGGACCGACACCUCCACCGUGUCAUCAGCCAAAACUUCCUGCCUGAGAUCAGCAGCAUGAUCGAGCACAAGGACCAGGAGCCACU